AUGGCUAUCAAGCGCGUUGCCGUCAUCGGCGCAGGCCCUGCCGGAGCUAUUACGGAUCGGGGACGUCGACAGGCCCCCGUCAUCUCCAGUCUAUCGGACCUCGCGUCCCGCACCGCCGACAAGCCGCUCGCCAUCCCCGCCCAGCUCCCGGCGCAGACCCCCAAGGUCGAGCAGCCGCGUUUCGCCGAGUCGUCCAUCUACCCAUACCUCGAGACCAACGUGCACAGCAUCCCCAUGGAGUUCUCGCAGGAGCCCCUCCCCGCGGAGCGCAGCCAGCGGUCCAUCGCGGUGCACGGGGCCGACACGCCGUUUCGCCACUGGUCGGUGAUGCAGCGGUAUAUCCAGGGCCUCGUGCAGCGGAGGGGGUACGAGGAUUUCGUGUCGUACGACACCACCGUGGAACUCGCGGAAAAGGUUGGCGGGGAGUGGAAGCUCACGCUGCGCAAGGGGCACUACCGUGGAAGGGAUCAGUUCAAGGGAAAGCGCGUUGUUGUCGUCGGCGCCUCCGUCUCAGCAGCCGACAUUUCCUUCGACCUCACGAGUGUUGCGAAACACCCCGUCGAGUCAGUCGUGAUCGGGCACACGGCCAACGGCUACUUUGGCGACGAAGCCUUCAACCACCCCGCCAUCCGCAAGCGACCGACGAUAUCCCACGUCGAGGGCCGCACCGUACACUUUAUCGACGGCGCGUCCGUCGCCGACGUCGACCACGUCAUCUUCGGCACGGGGUACAGCUGGACCUUGCCUUUCUUACCCAGCGUGCAGGUCCGAAACAACCGCGUGCCGGGCCUGUACCAGCACGUCGUCUACCGCGCGGACCCCACGCUCUUCUUCGUCGGGGCCGUCGCCGCGGGCCUGACCUUCAAGGUGUACGAGUGGCAGGCCGUGCUCGCCGCCCGCGUGCUGGCCGGUCGGGCUACGCUGCCGCCCGAGCACGAGCAGCGCGCGUGGGAGGAGGCGAGGAUCGCGGCGCGCGGGGACGGGGUCAAGUUCACCCUCGUUUUCCCGGAUUUCGAGGAGUACUUUGAGACUUUGCGGGCGCUGGCGGGGCCUGGCGCCGAGGGUGUGGGCCGGAAAUUGCCGCCGUUUCGGAGGGAGUGGUUUAGGGCGUUUUUGGAGGGUCAUGAGAGGAGGAAGGAGAUGUGGCGGCGGGAAAAUGAGAAGGCGCGGGCACUGAGUGCGAAGUUAUAG